UUCGGCGCGCCAACGGAGUGGACUAUCUUUAGUGUGGCGGAAAUGAAAAAGAACGUCUGGAAAUGUAUGGAGUUCUCGGUAAAGGAUGCCGCAUAUAUAUAGACAUAUUUUGAGCAGGAGACCCCCUUCAUGGGCGCAUAUUCCCCUGAGCCCACGCGAUCAAAAUGAACCCACACGAUCAUUACAAACCCCGGUGUCGAGAGCCCCAUCCUCUCACGGCCCACCAGAGCCUCGUGAUUAUGUCUCGAUGAUCCUUUUUCUGCGUAGACACCAUCGAAAGUGCUGCCGAAGAACACUAACGACCAUUGUCUACAUGGUAUCAUGCGAACACCUGGAGCGGAGUGCAAGUCUUUCAGGAGUGCUGGCCCAAACGUCUGAGGUCGCGAAUGUGUUCUGCAUGAGUGUAGACCGUCCUGAAUCUUUCUUAAAAUAGAGCUGGGUAAUGAAUAUUCUGAGAGUCCUUUUUUUUUAUACUUUUUAACGCCAUAUCCCCUUAGUCUAGGCGUACAGGCAAACCUAGGCCGCGUUGCUCAUGCCGUGGCCAGCUAACGGACGAUUACCAAAAGAUGGCCAAUGCAAGACGAGGUCUCUCCUAACCAGGCAGUUGAUUUGAGGGGUCCAAAGUGUCGAAGA